CCAUCCAAACAAGAGCGUCCUCUUAAAGGCCCCCCACCCUUGCGCUUGUGGCUUUCUCUCUCUAUCUCUCUUACCUUUUUUCCUCUACAAUCUCAUCCUCACAGAUUCAUCAUCCGCUUCUCGAUCCACCACUGACAACCAUGAGUGAUGAAGGAGAAAAGACUUGCCCUCUCUGUGCUGAAGAGAUGGAUUUGACUGACCAGCAAUUGAAGCCGUGCAAAUGUGGUUAUGAGAUAUGUGUUUGGUGCUGGCAUCACAUAAUGAACAUGGCUGAGAAGGAUGAAACAGAGGGUCGGUGCCCUGCAUGCCGUGUCCCUUAUAACAAAGAAAAGAUUGUAGGGAUGGCAGCAGACUGCAAGAGGUUGGUGGCAGAAAUCAAUUUGGAGAGAAAAAUGAAAUCACAGAAGGCAAAAACUAAAUUAUCUGAAGGAAGGAAGCAACUUGGCAGUGUGCGAGUGAUUCAACGCAACCUUGUCUACAUUGUUGGAUUGCCACUUAAUCUGGCAGAUGAAGAUCUUCUCCAGCGCAAAGAAUAUUUUGGCUUGUAUGGGAAGGUUCUAAAGGUGUCCAUGUCUCGGACAGCAGCUGGUGUCAUUCAACAGUUUCCUAACAAUACUUGUAGUGUAUAUAUUACUUACUCAAAAGAGGAGGAAGCAGUUCGAUGUAUUCAAACUGUACAUGGAUUUGUUUUGGAUGGUAGACCUUUGAGGGCAUGCUUUGGAACUACAAAGUAUUGUCAUCAAUGGCUAAGAAAUGUGCCUUGCAACAAUCCAGAUUGUCUGUAUUUGCAUGAGAUUGGUUCACAAGAGGAUAGUUUCACUAAAGAUGAAAUAAUUUCGUCGUAUACCAGAAAUAGGGUUCAACAAAUUACUGGUGCUACAAAUAACCUGCAACGGCGUUCAGGGAAUAUGUUGCCACCCCCAGCAGAUGAGUAUUGCAACAACAGCUCUGCUUCUAUGGGGAAACCUAUUACCAAAAAUGCUUCAAAUAAUUCAGUGAGCAUUGCUAAAGGUUCUCCUCCAAAUAGUAGUUCUGGCAGAUCUAAUGCUCUUCCUGCUGCGGCCUCUUGGGGCAUGCGCUCUUCAAAUUCCCAGACAAUGGCUUCAAGUCUGUCAUGUGGAAAUGGACCUUUCAAGCAGAAACCUGAUUCAUUUAGUGGUUCUGUGGCUUUCUCAUCAGCAGUUACUAGCACAACACUGCCUCUUACAACCCAGGCUGUUGCAUUGCACAGCGAAGUAGGGAAGAAGCCAACAUUGAAUGAAGAAAAUCGCUUAAUAAAUCCUAAAGGUAAAUUAGAGUCCCUGGAAUCAAUGAAACAGCAUAUUAGCAUGGAUACAUCAGAGGGACUGAUUACACCAGAUGAAGCUCCUGCCUCUUUGCCUUUGGGUGGCCAGUUAUCUUGUCCACCAACAUCUAAGGAUAAUGACCGAGGCAUUAGUCUAUCUCCCAAAGUCACAAAUUCUUCUGACUUCACUAGACAGCCUAAUUGCUCUGGUUCAGAAAGAGAAGGCAAUGUUCCUACCAAUGGAAAUUUGCAUAAUUUAUUGUCUGAUAUGUCAUCAAUGAGCAUUGAUAGACAACUCAAGAGUGAGCAUCCUGGUGUUCUCAGAUCUAAUUGUUCACUCUCCGAUAACGGCUUGACUCAAACCCCUGGAAGUCAAGGUCUACAGCAAUAUAAUGCUGAGCAAUUUAAAGAAUCUUUAACUUCACCUGUAUCCAGGAAAGUUUCAACGACCAUUAAUGGUGUGUGUGUUCCAGAUGAACAAAAUGAUUGGAGAUCAGACUCACAGACUCAAGUUGUGCCAAAUAUGUGUUCUGAAAUGGAAGAUGAUUUACUGUCCUUUGAUAAUCAAAGGCUGAAGGAUUCAGAAGUUGUUAGUGGGGCAACUUAUUUGCCUAAUUCAUCACAUCUGCUUCAUCAUUCAAAUGAUUUAAGGGGUAAAUCUUCUCAACAUAAUGAUAUCCACAAUGGUGUCAGUUUUAAUGCAGACCCUAUAUUUGUAGGCAGGAAAUUUAGUGAAGGUUCGCUUACCCAUGCACCAGGUGCUUCAGUGAUAUCUAAUGGAUUCCCUGAGAAGAGAGUGGGCAAUUCUGCUGGUUUGGAUAGGGCCAAUGCAAGUACUACCAUGGAUGUGGGAGAGAACAACAUAAUCUCAAAUAUAUUAUCAUUGGACUUUGAUGCAUGGGAUGACUCAAUAACUUCACCUCAGAAUUUGGCUCAAUUGUUGGGUGAAAAUGAUAAACAGCAUAGUUCUCUCAAAACAUCAGGCUCCUGGAAAGUACAAAACAGCAAUCAAUCCAGGUUCUCUUUUGCAAGACAGGAGGAAUCUAAAAAUCAAGUAUUUGAUAUCGAACCAUCUUUCAGUAACAUGGGGCAAGUGCCAAGGAAUUGUUCUUUCAACCAGAAUUUUGUUGAAAGCAGGGAUCCAUUUUUGGAUAAACUUGGGAAUGGUAGUCUUUUCUCUUCCAAUAUUUUUGGGGAAUCUGACAAUUUUGCUCCUGGCCAUUCUGUUAUCUCAUCCAAUAAAAUAUCUGCUUCCAGAGCUCAAAUUUCAGCGCCACCUGGAUUCACUGUCCCCAGCAGAGCACCACCCCCAGGUUUUUCUUCUCAUGAAAGGACAGAGCAGGCCUUUGAUGCAAUAUCUGGGAACCAUUUACUUGACACAUCCUCCUUGUUGAGAAACCCAUAUCAGACUCCAAGUGGAAAUAUUGCUAGUGCAGGAGAUAUUGAAUUUAUAGAUCCUGCCAUUUUGGCUGUUGGCAAAGGGAGGCUUCCGGGUGGACUUAACAAUCCAGCCUUAGAUAUGAGAUCUAAUUUCCAUCCACAACUAAGUGCUUUUGAAAAUGAGGCAAGACUUCAAUUAUUGAUGCAAAGAUCUCUCUCUCCACACCAAAAUCUAAGAUUUGCUGACAUUGGGGAAGGUUUCUCUCCUCUUGGUGAUGCUUAUGGCAUACCUUCAAGGCUUAUGGAGCAAUCACAAGCCAGCAAUAUAUCCCCAUUCGCUCAGCUGUCGCUUCAGCAGUCUAGAAAUGCAAUAAUGUCAAAUGGCCACUGGGAUGGAUGGAAUGAAAUCCAGAGUGGAAAUGACCUGAAUAUGGCGGAGCUUCUCAGAAAUGAAAGGCUGGGAUAUAACAAGUUCUAUACUGGUUAUGAGGAUUCAAAGUUCAGGAUGCCCACUUCUGGCGAUCUGUAUAACAGAACAUUUGGGAUAUAAUUCGUAUGGAAGUGUUUCUUACGCUUGCUUGUCAAUGGAUGUAAACAGGGAACCAAAAAUGACUGGAUCUUCAACAGCAGUGGAAGAUAGGAUGGAUUUGACUCUUAACUGGUCUCAUCAUCGGGCAGCUUGAUGAAGGAUCAAACUCCCUGAAAUAUGGGUUUUUGGAAACUUGCGGGUGAAGUGUAAAACCAAGAUCUAUAUUUGAUGUGAAGGUUGUAAAGCGUGCUGUACCUGAUCGAAUACUAACAGGUUGAUCCUCCCCUUUGUUUUUGAGUGUUUGCUCAGUUUUAGAAAAAAGAGUAUAAUUGGAUUCUACUCGCUCAACUAAAGAGAUGAGAUUCUGAAACAACUUUUUCUUUUUGAUUUUCUUGUUACUUUUUCUUCUUUUUAAUAUUUUCUUCUGUCUAUAAUUACAUGGAUUCAAAAGGUAGAUUGAAAAGCAGAUCAAUUGGGUUUGUUAUAAAGCACUAGGUUGAUGAAUAUAUUUAAAUAGUUGAUUGAAAAUUUUCAGAAUAGAUGAAGUUUUUA